AUGGAUUCUUCACAUAUCGAGAUCUGUUCGGUCAGUGAAAGUUUAUUGAACUCAUCUGGAUCAACCGGAAGUAUGGGUAGUAGUCCUUCACAUUUCUCGAGAUCAUCGAGUGACUCCUUAAUCAAGUAUAGGAAACCUAAGUUUUCUGAGAAGUAUCAAUGGAUCCCAUUAUCUGUAGCUUCAAUUCUCAUUGUACUACUAUCCUUGCUCAUGAUGAUUAUGAUGCUCUUCAUACUUCAACUCAAGCAAGAAGCUGCAUACUGUAGACAAGAAAACGAUGAAAAUGCUUACCACAAGCUCUUCUAUGAGAAUACUGAAAAGCUCGAGGUCUCGUCGGAUCAAUUGAGAAACUUGUUCGAUGCCAACAGAAUACGAAGAAACCUUAAAUGGAUGUCGAGAAACAAUCAUAUUGCAGGAUUGAGUGAUAACACGAUUUUGAUGAAACGGAUCGCUGAUGAAUACGAACGUCUUGGUCUUGAUGUUAGAAUUCAUAACUAUACGGUUCUGCUCAACUACCCAGAUUUCAAUCAUCCAAACACAGUUGAAAUUUUGGAUGAAGACGACAGAUGGUUCACUAUCAGCCAUGGAUAUGGGCUAAAACUAGGACCUGCUCAAGCGUCCAAAGAGCAAUCUGAUCCUCGAUCAACUUUAUGGUGGAAUGCAUACUCGGGAAAUGGUUCAGUUGAGAGCACUAUUGUAUAUUGUAAUUAUGGAAUGCCAGAGGACUAUAAAGAUCUUCAGAAGUGGGGUAUCAAUGUGACCGAUUCGAUAGCUCUAAUACGUUACGGCGGUAUUUCACGCUCUGAAAAAGUCAAGGAAGCGAAACGAAAUGGAGUAGCUGCCAUCAUUUUAUACAGUGAUCCUAUACAUUACACUAAUAGGAAUAGUAACAAAACAUUUCCCGACGAUAUUUAUCUGCCUGGAACGGAUGCUCAAAGAGGCUCGGUUCUUUCCACCCAUGGUGACCCACUCACUCCUAUGUUUCCUUCAUUACCAUACGUGCUACGCACUGAGAGCCAAGAGUCGCUAACUGUGAAAGGCUAUCUGAAUGUUCUUCCUGUUACUCCGAUUGGUUAUGACGACGCAGAACGGUUGAUGCAUUUGCUGGAUGGUCCUCUAGUCCAUAAAUCAGAAUGGAAAGGAGGAUUAACUGUGCAUUAUCGACUUACAGGAAGUAAAAAGUUUCGAGUUAACGUUCGAUCCAGGAAUGCUAAAAGAGUUGUAUCGAAUGUGAUUGCUACUCUUAAAGGAAAAGAAGAACCCGACAGAUGGAUUCUUGUAGGGAACCAUGUAGAUGCAUGGGGCAGUGGCGCAAUUGAUCCUUUAUCCGGUACUGCAACACAGCUAGAGAUGGCCCGUGUAGCAUCUACGCUUUAUGGCAAAGAAGCACCUAGACGAACUAUAGUUUUCUGUCAUUGGGACGCUGAAGAAUUCGGUCUCAUUGGAUCAACCGAAUGGAUCGAAGAGAUGCAAGCUGUGCUCAGUGAUAGAGCCGUUGCCUACAUCAACGUUGACCACAUAGCAGGAAACACCACACUAGAUGUGAAGGCAGUACCUUUGCUGUAUAGAUUGAUUGUUGACUCAGCUGCGAAGAUUCCUCAGCUUAACGAGGAUGAAAAGUUACAGAAGAGAAGCACGCUUCUUGAUUCAUGGCUGUACUAUCGCAAUAAGAGCCCGUUCCCUGGUGAUAGAUCCAUGCCAGAUAUCGGUUUGCCGGGAAGUGGUUCAGACUAUCAAAGAUUUAUCACGUUUGCCGGCGUUGCUUCAGCCGAUUUGAAGAUGGAAAGUAUUCCUGGGAUGUCAUAUGCCUUGUAUCAUACUAUGUAUGAGACGUUUUGGACUGUCCAGAACUUAAUGGAUCCUAACUUUUCGUCUAUGUUGUCUAUUGGACAACUAUGGAUGGAAAUAGUGCAUCAGUUAUCAAAUCGAUUGGUCAUUCCUUUCCACCCAUUACACUUUGCUCAAUCCUUAACUUCUAUCUUCCACAAAGCAGAAACUCAAAUAUCUCACAUGAAUGUUUCUCAGCACAUUCCGAAGUAUUAUGAGAAAGUGACUGGAGUGAAACAUGCGUUACGACGAUUAAUGAACGUUGCUACUGUGUUCCAGCUGGAAGUUCAGGAAAUUUCAUCCGGAUUAACAACGACAAGUAUUUCUAGAGUAGAUCAGUUGAACAGGAGACUUAUUCUUUUGGAAAGGGCGAUGCUCGAUUCACACGCUUUUAGACAACCUAUAUAUAAGCACCUUCUGUACUCUCCUUCUCGUUACCCUUCACAAGUUAGCUGUCUCGCUAGCAUUUUAGAUCCUUGUCUUGAAUUCCUGGAGAAUGAGAGAAAUUCUAUAGAAACCUUAAACGACCAUUCCUCGAUACUUGGUUGGCUACCUAUUCCUGCAAAGUAUGCUUGUUGGGCAGAACUGAUUCUCAUUGAGUUUGUAACUCCUAACUCAUCAUUUGUUGGUCACUUUUCUGGAAUUCUAACAGGACUUUUGUAUACAUAUGGUCCGCUGAGAGAAACUGUCGCAAUACUUCGAAAUAUAGUUGGUGAAUCAUCACAUCGUCACAGACCAGAGCCUUCUGCCCCGCCUCAGGAAGAUGAUGAUCCGACAUACCGCUCGUAUCGUACGAGAGGUGGAACGUCUACAAGGGAUUCAAUUUAUAGAGAAUAUACGGGUGGCCUGUCAGAAGAAGAGCAACUCAGAAGAGCUUAUGAAGAAUCUCUCAAGGAUGCCAAUCCUUCAAGACGCUACGGUUGGAACAUUUGA